AUGCAGGCUCUUCGUCUGACUCGUCCCGCGACUCUGCGCUCGACCGCCCGCGCGAUGACUGUGCGCAUGUACAGCCCUGGCCCCGAGGGCGGCGCCGGCUCCGUUGCCAGCAGCAAGGGCUGGCACACGCGCGAGAAGGCCCAGGAGGACCAGUACAUCCUCCAGCACGAGAAGGAGAAGCUCGAGAAGCUGCGUGCCUCGCUGCAGGAGCAGCAGAAGCUCGUUGAGCACGUAUGUGUGCCCGCCUAA